GUAGCGACUUUAUGUUACCAGUAUGGCGCGUUCCAUUAAACUAUAUUUUUUAGGAAUGAAGAAAUGUCAGUAGAAUCUGAAACGACAGUCGUGUCGAAGAAUAGCUGUAUAUAUUUUUCUGUCACAUAUUAAAUCUUUUUUUUUUAGAUAAAAAUAUAUAAUGACAGAACUCAGAGUGACGCCCUUAGGUGCUGGGCAAGAUGUUGGUAGAAGUUGUAUAUUAUUAACAAUAGGAGGUAAAAAUGUUAUGUUGGAUUGUGGGAUGCAUAUGGGAUACAAUGAUGAGAGACGUUUUCCUGAUUUUUCCUAUAUAGCUCGUGAUGGUAAAUUAACUGAACAUCUAGACUGUGUCAUAAUCAGCCAUUUUCACUUAGAUCAUUGUGGAGCUCUUCCUUACAUGACAGAAAUGAUAGGAUAUGAUGGACCUAUUUAUAUGACACAUCCAACAAAAGCUAUCUGUCCUAUUUUAUUGGAAGAUAUGAGAAAGAUCGCUGUAGAUAGAAAAGGUGAAACAAAUUUCUUUACAUCCGAUAUGAUAAAAACAUGUAUGAAAAAGGUUAUUGCUGUCAAUCUUCAUCAAAAUAUACAGGUUGAUGAUGAAUUAGAAAUUAAAGCCUAUUAUGCUGGUCAUGUACUGGGAGCUGCCAUGUUUGAGGUCAGAGUAGGCCAACAAUCUGUUGUUUAUACUGGUGAUUAUAAUAUGACACCAGAUAGACAUCUUGGAGCAGCUUCAAUAGAUAAAUGUCGUCCAGAUUUACUCAUAACAGAAUCAACUUAUGCCACAACUAUACGGGAUUCAAAGAGAUGUCGAGAGAGAGAUUUUUUAAAGAAAGUACAUGAUUGCGUAGAGAAAGGAGGAAAGGUGCUGAUUCCUGUUUUUGCUCUGGGUAGAGCUCAAGAGUUAUGUAUUUUAUUAGAGACAUACUGGGAGAGAAUGAAUCUUAAAGUACCUAUUUACUUCUCACUUGGUCUUACAGAAAAGGCCAACAACUACUAUAAACUCUUUAUAACUUGGACCAGUCAAAAAAUCAAGAAAACCUUUGUUGAAAGAAACAUGUUUGAAUUCAACCAUAUAAAGGGAUUCGAUCGUAGUUACAUCGAAAAUCCAGGACCAAUGGUUGUAUUUGCAACACCAGGAAUGUUACAUGCUGGACUUUCAUUACAGAUAUUUAAAUCCUGGGCCUCAAAUGAACUGAAUAUGGUUAUAAUGCCAGGAUAUUGUGUAGCAGGAACUGUUGGACAUAAAAUUUUAAAUGGACAAAGAAAAAUUGAAAUGGAAAAUAAACACAUACUAGAUGUAAAACUGUCGGUACAGUAUAUGUCUUUUAGUGCCCAUGCUGAUGCCAAGGGCAUUAUGACAUUAAUAGGUCAAUGUGAACCUAAAAAUGUGAUGCUGGUUCAUGGAGAGGGAGGAAAGAUGGAAUUCCUCAAGACUAAGAUAGAGAAAGAAUUUAAUAUCAACUGUUAUAUGCCAGCCAAUGGAGAAACAGCAGAAAUAGAAACCAAACACAACAUACCAGUUGAUAUAUCACUUAAUUUACUUAAACGAGAAUGUUCGUUAACGUCAUCAGCUUUAGAACCACCUGAUGCUAAAAGACCAUGUGUUUUACAUGGUGCAUUAGUGAUGAAAGGAAAUAAACUCCAGUUAAUAGAUCCAGCUCAUGCCUUUAGAGAACUGGGUUUAGAAGAACAUCAUCUACGAUUCACAUGUACUGUAUCUAUAGAUGAAGAGGGUCCUGUUACACAAACUGUAGAUAAAAUAUAUCAAUUAACUAAAAGUAAAUUAAAGAACUAUCCUGUACAGUAUUCUAAUGAUGGUUCUAUAACUGUAUCAGAAUCAGUUUUAAUAAAAGUGUCAGGGGAUGAAGAAAGUAAAGAUAUUUUAGUCUCUUGGUCUUAUCAAGAUGAAGAACUGGGCAGCUAUUUAUUGCAGAUUUUAAGAACAAGCUUAACAACAUGAACAUUGUGAGACAUUGUUAAGGAGAGUUAAAUACUGCACAUAAUAUUGACUGAAAAGUGAAGUGUAAGACAAAGUGCUAAAAUUUUAAAAGUGAUCCGAAUAAGUUUGAGAAAAUGGCGAAAUUAGGUGUGCAUGUAUUAUAAAAUUAAUGAACUUCGCACACAGUUAUUCUGCCACUUCUGACAAAACAGAAUUCACAUGUGUGUCUGUCACAAUAAUUAAACUUAUCUUAGGUUAACAACUCAUCUAGAUUAUCUAAACUUUGAUACAGUAUAACAAUUAUUUGAGAAAUUGGGGAUGAUUAUUUGUGAAGAGUUUGGGUGUACAAACACGUAAUCUUGAACUCUGGUAGAAAACAUUCCAUUGUAAACUUAGUGAAUUUAUAGAGGAAAUGAAAUGGGGUUUAACAUCCUACCAUUUAUGGAGGAACAUUGCUUGUGGAUGCUCUAACUUAUCCAACUGACAUGACAUACACAUUGUUACUGUUUAUGAGAUGAUUAAGCAAUGUGAUUUGCAACAAUUUCCAAGAAUUACUAUUGAAGUUUAUCACCUGUGGACACCUGUGAGGGUACUUUUCAUUGCCUGGCAAUCUAUCUUCUUCAAUUAUUUUGAGUAGCUGAUAGCUGCACUGCGUAGGAUUUCAUGUAAAAUUAUACUUAUGAAAGAGACAGCUAGAUAAUUCAUCCUGUGACAUGCACGCCUGGGGUUUAGAAUUACCAACAAUUAAAAUGGAUUUCCUUUUAUCAAUUCAUUUGUUUUAUUAACCAAAGUUAUCAACUGAGAAGAAGAUUGCAUCAAUUCAACUGUAUAAUAUUUCCUAUGCAGUGUAACCCAAUAUAGUUCAUAAAUAAUUCAUACAUGUAUGGCGAUAAAACAGUUUAGCAUUAA